AUGCCAAACGCUGGGAAUAAUGAGAAAUCUAAUUUAUCGACAGAUUCAGAUUUGGAAGUAAGUGUUCGUUCCGAAUCGCCGUCUGUUAAAGUUUCGCAAUCGAAGAAGAAAACUCGUUCGAAAAGAGUGUCAUCCACCGAGGUGAACAAUCGACUUAACAAUUUGGAAGCGAAAGUGGAUGAUAAAUUUGAUAAAUUAAUCCUACUAUUUACAGUUUGCCAAAUCCAUCAGAAUACCGGUUGUUUAACUCCGCGGAGAUCUGUUCGGGAUGAAAAUCAGGAUAUUGGGGAUUUAGUCUCACAGAUACCUAAAAACUCCUCCGAUAGUGGGAGAAUAGAUCCCUCCGGAGUCCCUAAGUUGUUGAUCAAUCCAGAAUUUCGAGCAAGAAACUUAGAAAUGGAUGUUUUAUCUCUCGCCCCCGAUGAACAGGAAGAGCGAGAAUUUAUGGCGUCAUUGUCUGAUCAGGAGUCGAAUUUAGGACCCGAUUCUCAUGUCGAUUUGCCCCAUAGUCCUCAAAAGAGACUAAAGUCUUCAGCUGACAACAACAGGCCUUCGUAUGUGAACUAUUUGCCUGAAACAAGCACUUUACAAAACACAAUGAAAGAAAAUGUAGAGUGUCAAAGUUCUGAUGUUUUGUCCAAGCUAUUUGGGAGUUCAGUGAACGACGAUGUGCAUAAAGUUGGACUGAUUUUAGACAAGUCCCAGUCUGACACCCUAUCGAAAUCUUGGAGAAGCCAAAAUCCGGAUCGUCUUACAGCAUAUAAAGAAGAAUACCGUAGCUGUUUUCCGGUUCAUGAACUUUCAGAGCAGUUUUUCAACGUCCCUAGCUUAGAUGACAUAUAUCUCAAAUGCAUAUUUGCAACAAGCUCUUGGUACCUUUAUGAACAAUUUUAA